AUGGCCGAAUACACAGUGCCCUGCAAAGGCAUAGUCGCCUACUCCCAGUACGACUGGAAAUGGGAAGACAUGUUGACACGCGAGCCAAAGGAGGAUGAGUUCCUCGUCGAGAUGAUAGCAACAGGCGUGUGCCACACCGACAUCUCAGGCUACGGGGGCAUCUACCCCCGCGUACUGGGCCACGAAGGCGCCGGCCGCAUCCUCCGCCUCGGCUCCGCCCAGCAAGAAUCCAAGUACAAAGUCGGCGACCUCGUGAUCCUCUCCGCCGCCGCCUGUCUGCGCUGCCACUACUGCACUACAGGGCACCCAGCAUACUGCAUCGACCACGCAGCGCUGACGCUGGCAUCCAACGAGCCGAACUUCGUGCUCGCCUCCGACCCCGCCAAGGUCAUCGGCGGCGGCUACUUCGGCCAGUCGAGUUUCGCCAGCCCUGUGCCGGUCAAGGUGUCCUGCGCCGCGAACGUGACGGAGUUGGUACGCGAUGCGGAUGAGCUGCGGGCCUAUGCACCGCUGGGGUGCGGGAUCAUGACGGGCGCGGGCGCGAUUACACACGUUGGACACUGCGGGCCGGAGGACGUUAUCGCUGUUGUAGGGCUGGGAGGAGUCGGGCUCGCGGGCGUUUGUGCGGCGAAGCAGAGGGGCGUGAAGAAUGUGAUCGCAGUGGAUUUGCUGCAGUCGAGGAUUGAUCUGGCGAUGCAGCAUGGUGCGACGGUGGGAUUGUUGAGUACGAAGGAGGGGCUGAAGGGCGGGGAUAUGAGUGCCGCUAUCAAAAAGCUUACGCCUGGGGGACUAGGGUGCAGUCAUAUCUUAGACACGUCGCCAAGUGCCGCGGUGCUGGCGCAGUGUAUGGAGGCGCUGCAGAAGAACGGGCAGUUGUUGCAGGUCGGUGUCAAGCCGGUAGGUGCGAAGUACGAACUGGACUUAUUGACGCAUAUGGUCAACGGGAGACGGCUUAUUGGCGUUAUUGAGGGUGAUAGGGAUCCUGCGGAGGCGUUGCCUGAGCUUGUUCAGUGGAGUAAGGACGGCAUCUUGCCGGUGGAGAAGAUGUUGAAGGAGUUUGGGGUACAGCAGUUCGAGGAAGCGAGACAGAAGAUGGAGGAGGGAAGUGUGAUAAAGAGUGUACUAGUAUGGUAG